UCAAAGAACAAGGGAGUCGCUUUCCUUUGUUGCUAAGUAAAAGUGAAUGUUAAUAUAUUGUUAAAUAAAUUUAUCCUCUUCGUAGUAAAUUUACAAAAUUCUAUUGCCUAUAUAUUUUAAUAAUGUCUUCCAUGGGGGCAGCUGAAGAAAUUGAUGAGGCAAAGGAGCGCGCCCAUUUUCGAGCAGUCGUGAACGCUUUUAAAUAUUACAAAUUGUGCAGCCUUGAUAGGAUACAUAAAUCGGAGAAAAUAGUUUCCAUGCUCCAACCAAAUCACCAACGUAGACUAGAAAAGUACAAAAGCUACCUCAUAAAGUUUAAAAAAUGUUUAGAUGUUAAUAAUAGUGUUGUACAUCUUAUAAUAAGGGACGUAGAUACAAUGUUUGAAAAUGUUGACCACAGUAUUGAUGCAAAUACAAACAGGAUGGAGAGCUUCGGCUGUAAUUAUAAUAACUGUGAAAUACCAUCGCAGAAACAACAUAAAAUGCAGCAUGAUGUUGAAAAGGUACAAUCGGUAUUAAAAAAUAUAGUAAGAGACUGGAGCGACGCGGGUGCAGCUGAGCGGGAACAGUGCUAUAAACCCAUACUCGAGGAGUUAGAAUCAAGAUAUCCACCAGAAGAAUUUAGUGAUAGGUCACACAUCAAGGUGCUGGUGCCGGGCGCUGGUCUCGGCAGGCUGGCGUGGGAGAUCGCUGCCAGAGGGUAUUCGUGCCAAGGGAACGAGUUCUCGCUGUUCAUGUUGUUCGCGAGUAACUUCAUAUUGAAUAAAUGUCCUGAGGCAAACAAACACACGGUGUAUCCCUGGGUCCAUCAGUACGUGAACCACAUGACCAGUGAGCACCAGAUACAGGCCGCCACGUUCCCGGACGUGCCGCCCGCCACCAGGCAUUCGCACUUCUCUAUAGCAGCCGGGGACUUCCUGAAGGUGUAUACGGAUUUAGACGAAUGGCAUUGCGUCGCGACAUGUUUCUUCAUCGACUGUGCGCCGAAUGUCAUCGAGUUUAUAGAAAGGAUAUAUGCAAUAUUACGUCCGGGGGGAUACUGGAUCAACCUUGGGCCACUGCUGUACCAUUAUAGUGACAUGGCAACAGAAAUCAGUAUUGAGCCACCAUAUGAUAUUUUACUGGAUAUCAUAAAGGAUGUCGGGUUUGAAGUUUUGAAAGAACAAACGGGUGUUAAAACGAAAUAUGCUCAAAAUCCAAACUCGAUGAUGCAACACGAAUAUAAAUCUGUUUUCUUCGUGUGUAAGAAGCCUUUUCCAACAUAAAAAAGUAUUAUUAAUAUAAAUGGUCAAUACUGGUGAAAAACAAACUAAUUUAAUGGUCUGUGAGUCAUUAUAUCUUCAUAUAGUACUAUAGCCUCUUCCAACCACAGAAAGAACCAACCACAGUAAAGACAUAUAAACAAGUUUGAACUUGAACUGAAACAAUAUGGCCGACAUCUUUUAUAAUCUAUUAUAAAUGUCAGUGAUUUUUUUGUCGGUACUGUGGAAGUUAUAUUAAAGUGGAUAUACAUAGUUAUGUGGAAUGGUGUUGUGUUAUAAAUAAGGAUGUAUUAAUCAAGAACUGUUUGUAGUGUAAAUCUAAGGUUUGUUUAUAUUUACUCCUUCAUCGAUUGGAAUAUUCUAUUUAACUCAAGGAAGAACAUUGUUAGUGUUGUUUGUGAUCAUACUAUUUAAAUGUCCCGCAGUGCUAUUCUGUAAGAACUUACUUCAUUACUCAUCCGUGAAAUGUUGACAACCGACUUAUGUUGAUGUACUAUUUUGAUGCGUAAUGUAAUAACUAUUAUUAUCAAUGUCGCAUCUUACUUUUUGAAUUUCACAACUGAUUUCCUGGGUGAGUCUCGAGUUUGAUCACAGAAAAUUUAAUAUUUAAUCCAUAAUGAACAUAAUGUGUACCCACGGUUUUGUUAUGUAUGUAAAAAGUAUUUCAUGUCAAUGCCAGCGAAUAACAUAUGGACAUAAUCAUUGCACAAUGACAUAUCUGCAGUUCUAUAAUAUAUUUAAUAAAUUUGCUCAGCGACUAUUUAGUUAAACAUUGAUUUCGCUCUUUCUGUCGUCAUUCCAUUGACAUUCGAAAGAAAGAGACAGCAUCGUUAAACAAUUCAUUCGCCAAACAAUGUUUACAAGUUAAGCGGUUGAACGCUACUAUUAAAGUUUAUAUAUUAUUUUUGUAUUUAUUGUCAUAUUUACUAAAAAAGUGAUGAGAUUGGUUUUGUUGUAUCCCCGUUUAAUAAGUUAGUUUUCUAAGGCAUGGUUUAUAUUUCACACGGCACUAAUGACUAAGUGCGGUGGUGACCACUUACCAUCAUGAGUCCGAUCUACCAGACUGCCUAUAUAUAUUAUAAAAAAAAGAGUUGUGAUACAACUUGCUGAAUGUCAUUAAUGUAACAUUUUAUCUCUAUGAUUCGGUUUCUCUAUGUUUUGUUAAAAGACAAUAGUAGAAGAAGGUGUUAUGAAACAAUGAUUUUAAAUAAUUGUCUGUUUCAUGUUUUUGAUUUGAUUACUAAUUCUUGUACAUACGCAACUCAUCCAAUACGUUUGUAAUUCUUGAAGUAUUACAAAGUGACAGCUGAAGGUAGCAUCACGAGUAUAGUGACAAAGUGUUCAUUGAGGUAACAAAUUUAAAAAGUUUAAAAAUGCGACAUAGCGCUUUAUCCACUUAUGUAUUAAUUAAUCUCAAAACAGUGUUUGUCCUAUGACGAUAUAUAUGUAUGUAAAAUAUAAACCGUUGCUGCUAAAAACGGGACAAACUAAAGAAUAUUUUCACAUUUUUUUAUGUUAGUGUGGUUGUAAAGGCUUCGUUAAUAUAGAUGCCAUUGUUUCAAAGCUAUUCAUUGUAUUAUAUGAAGUUUAUAAUAUGUUUUCUCAGUAUUAAGCUAAUAUUGUACCAAGGCUAAUUAAUAUAUAUAUAUAUAUAUAUACUAUAUACAAAUGGAUGGAGUAAAGAUAAAAAAAACAACUUUGACCGUGAAAUGAUGUUAUAUGAUUGGUCGAAGUUUAAAUAAUCUGUGUUAUUCAUUAUGGAUGUCUGCGAUGUUGUUAUCGGGACUUAAAGCGGAUAUAAGAAGUUAUAUGGUACAGUGAUGUAUUAUAUUAUAUAUAAAGAUAUAUUAAUAAAUGACUGUUUUUAGUGUAUAAUAUAACAAGAGAUAGUGGCAAAUCGUAUGGAACAUGUAAGUCUAAGGUUUGUUUAUCUUUAUAUCCCGUCAUUCGAAGAUAAUACAUGUUCUCUUCGGCAUUAACAAUGUUUAGUCGAUAUCACUGAAUGAUGAUGAAUAUAAUAUGCCAAAAUAUAUAUGUAUGUACAGACGAAAACUUGUUAGUGUUUUGCAUAUAUAUGUUUUAAAUUACAUAACGGUUGAUAUAAAGUUUUAUUUGAAACGAGAUGGCUCAGAUUGUUGAAACAAUAGUUUUUAUGUUAAAAUUAUGUUAUGCAUAUUAAAAACUAUAAUAACAAGAAAAAGACUUACCUAAAUUAAUCAAUGAAAAUGUUUACUAAUAUUAUAAAAAUAUAAAAUAAUGAAAAUAUUAAGCAUGACAAAAAUAUUUCUACAACAAUGUAAAUUAAAAUAUUCUCAAUAAGCUUCAGACCUUAUUAAAGGCCACUUCCAGCUCUGGGACAUAAAUAAGAUGCUAUAUUAUCACUUCGUCUUCUUCUCUUCUUCUUCUGCUCUUAUUUUAACCAUAUUUGAUCUCAUCUUUUACCUUAUAUGUCAAAGUGUAGUUAUAUAAUAAAAAUAAUUUGAUAUCAUUGACUCACUGCAAGAACUUAUUAAGUGCAAAAAAUCAUUAUGUACCCAUUGUUAUUAAUUAUUUAUAUAUAUAACUUAUACUACCAGUAGUCAGUAGACAGUUAGUAGUUAUACGAAGUACAGAAACAUAUUAUUAUUUUCCAAAGUAUUUAUGGUACAUUAAAUAUAGAAAAAAUGUGUGUUUAUGAUAAAAAUCAUCAAGUAGAGCUUCAAAGUCGUUGAUGACGCAACCAAUGAGCGUUCAGAUUAAAUCCAAAUGUCAUUGUGAUUGGUUAAUAUUUGAAAUUAAUGAUUUCUUGCAGUAAACCAACUAUAUAUAUAUAUAUAAAAUACAAUUUUUUUUACCCACCUAAUAACUGGAUUUUUUUUCUUAAAAUUCAGAAUUAAAAAUUCAUUGGUUUAAUUUGCAUAUCACAAUAAAUGAAAUAUUGAAAUAUAUUGUCAUCAUCAUCCACCAAUAGUUAUGUCAUAGAUUUUUACUUUUUACCAAUAUCUAUGGUCGUGUUAGCCUCAUCUAGACUUGGGCGAAAUGUAAUCAGAUUAAUGAUUACGAUUAAUCACGAUUACAGUGCAACGGAAUUAAUCAAAAAAGUAAGGACUAUUCUGGAACAAAGUUAAUCUGUGAUUGAUGAUUACACAUUGCAAUUGUAAUCGUUAAUCUGAUUACAUUUUGUCCAAGUCUGGUCUCAUCCACAAUCCGAUAAUUUUUAGUAACUUAUCACAAUAAUUGUUUUGUAGCAUUUGUUAAAUAAGAAUAGGCAUGCGCGUUAUUGCCAUUGGAAAAUAUAAAAUUUAUUUUUUACUGGGCUGUUUAAUCGAAAUCCUUUUGACAUUUGAAAAAUACAAAAAAUGCAUGAAAUGUCAAAUCAAAGUUUUUGAAAGUGAAAAGUUUCAAAAACUUACCUAUCUACUAUACUAACAUAGUCGAACUAAGGUUUUUAUUCGAGCGACGGUUAUAGAUAGUAUUGUUUUUAGAUAAUACCCACCAGCUUAAAGACUACCAACAUAAGAACCGUCUCAAUAUUAGUUUGCUUUUAAAAUAAUUGCAUUUAUAUUUCAUCCUGUUUUAAAUGUUUUCAUAAAAAUGUAAAAGAAAUUAGCAUUAGCAAUAAUAAAAAAUUAUGUUUUAAAUUUGGAUAGUAACGUGUAACGGCUUCGAAAUCUUUAAUUCCAAUCAUCAAUAUAGCCUUAGCUUUAAUUAGGAUGAAAAUUAAAGGAGUUUUCGGUAACAUGUUUUAUAUGUUCCAACUUAUCUUAUUAAACAAUU